GGGGGUCUGGUUAGGAAAAGAGAAUGCGCUAGUUUGCAGCUGAAGUGAAUGCACUUGCACAUUUCUGGAGGAUUUACUCCGCUUUUAAUUUGGGCAGGAAACCCACAGCCCCGUGGUGCAUUGUUCUGAUGCCAAUAAAUGUGUGAGAAAAUAUCCAGGGGUUUGAGAAGAUUCCAGACACACGGUCCCGGUGAAGUUGGUGCGUUUCUGGUACUUUUGGCUUGAAGUUGCACGUUUUCCAGCAUGAGUCGACCCUUUAACAGAAAAAAAGAUAAAUCAUGGAUGCAUACGCCCGAGGCUCUGGCCAAGCACUUUAUUGCCUACAAUGCCAAGUUUCUAGGGAACACUGAGGUCGAACAGCCCAAAGGAACAGAGGUGGUGAGAGAUGCAGUUCGAAAACUCAAGUUUCAAAGACACAUCAAGAAGUCAGAGGGACAGAAGAUUCCCAAAGUGGAGUUACAGAUCUCCAUCUACGGAGUGAAGAUAUUAGACCCUAAAACAAAGGAAGUUCAUCACAAUUGUCAGUUGCAUCGGAUAUCAUUCUGUGCUGAUGAUAAAACAGAUAAAAGAAUAUUUACAUUUAUCUGCAAAGACUCUGAAACCAACAAACAUCUCUGCUACGUGUUCGACAGUGAAAAAUGUGCAGAGGAGAUCACUUUGACCAUCGGCCAGGCUUUUGACCUGGCAUACAAAAAAUUCUUGGAGUCAGGAGGGAAAGAUGUGGAGACGAGGAAACAAAUAGCAAGCCUACAGAAAAGGAUUCAGGAGCUCGAGACUGAAAACUCAGAACUGAAGACGCAGUUACAGGUGCUGGAGAAACAACUGCUGAUUGCUCAAGUACCACCUCUGCUUCACAUUAACUCAACUAAUGAGGCGUACAUGCUGCAGAGCCCUUCCUCUCUCUUCUGGUGUCACAAUCUCACCUCCUUCUCCUGUUUAGAAAUCUCUUCUGUUACACUAACACCAAUGAGCUCUCCCGACUCCAGCAUAUCGACCGGGGUGCUGACCCCUCCCCCGUCCAAACCUGCUCUGCCCAAACCUCUCACCGAAGCUGGGCUGCCUCGACCUCGAGGGGGUAACAACUCCACAGCUCCUACAGAUAUUUUCGACAUGGUACCAUUCUCUCCGGUGGCUCCCCUGGUUCCACUCCCAGGCAGUAAUGCUUCACCUCCUCCCAUUCCAGCAAGACCAACAGAGAUCAGGAGGGACCUGUUUGACGCCGAACCGUUCGACCCGUUCAUUUGCGGUGCUGCCAACUUUCCCCCCGAUGUGCAGUCACGACUGGAUGAGAUGCAGGAGGGGUUCAAAAUGGGACUAACAGUAGAGGGCACAGUUUUUUCCCUCGAUCCUCUCGACGGCCGCUGCUAAAGCCAGGAAGACAUUUUUGUUACUUAUCUGUUAACACGUUUGUAUUAAAGUGUCAAACUCGGGUCUGGAGUCAGUGCAUCAGUGUUCUGUCCUGACGUUUAUAUUGGCUUGUAAUUUGGUUUACAAAAUGUAUAUUGAAGUCUGAAUGCUACAGUAGAUGACUAUUUUUAUAUAAAGUGUACCGACAUACUGACAUGAUGGAUUUUGGGAGCCCCAGUGUUGAUGGGAAAACAGAGGUACGGCCUGUAUUAAAGCUUUUUUAAAAACCCACCCACAAUAUUCUCUUUUAUUCCCACACACAUUCAUAUGUUAAUUCAUUAUUAUGUCAGACAAACGUCCACUUUAAGGCGGCUAAUGUAGCGUAACGGUUACUUACUUUUUUUUUUUAAACACAGUCAUGCAUUCAUACAGCGGUUAAAUCUCAAACUCACACUUUUUACUGACGGAUCACAUGUAGCGUUACUUUUCUCUUUAUUACAUUAAAAUCAUUGUAAUAUUUUCUUAACUGGAACUUAAUAUUUUUUGAUGUUUUUAUAACUUCAUACCUACAGUGUUUGUGUAAAUGUGUACUUGUAUUAAAUUGCUCUGUAUUUGAUAUUCUCUAUUUUAGAAUAUUCUUGCACCAGAAAGCACUUUGUGAGGAAGACUCCGUACGUCCACGUAUUUACACCUCUGUUUUUGUUGGUUUUCUUUAUUUUUUUUAACUCUGUGUAAUAUUUUAGUCAUCGUUGUUGUUGUCAUUAAAGACAUUAAUGUGA